GAAUGCCGCGCCUGUACCCUAUCCGGGUGAUCACGUCAGUGGUGCUGUGUGCCUGUCUGCUUAUGGGCGUGUCUGUGCUGGUGGGACAACACGAGCUGACAGCGACAAGGGAACAGUCAUCUGAUACAAUACACAGAUUAGAGAGUAACGACGCCAUGACGGCGGCCCCCAGGACCCCAGUGGUUCCCAGUAAGGUCCAGAGAAACCUGCUCCGGGAGAAGCCAGAGGACCCGGCUGUCUCCACGCCUGCGGCUGUGUUACCCACGGACUCCAGGGUCUUCCCUAAAAACAACAUCCGCCAGGGAACUUCCGUGGAGAGCAACAACACGAAGAUCCCAGACCCACCAAUGGAAAGCGAAGUCGUGAAAACGGUCGUCACGUACAAGAUGAGGGGAGACAAGAUCAUCCGCAUCAUCAAAAAAUACGUCAGAAAGAGACCGAAACCUCCGCCUGCCGUGGAUUCCAACGGGCAACUAAAUUUUGAUAAACCCGAGUCUAAAAAUAACUCUGACACAAGAACUAGUGGGUCUGUAGCAGAAGAUAAAAAUAAAACAUCUAACAGUGAAAAGAGAAUAGAUUCUCCCGUAGUUGAUAGUGCCAUAAACAAUAUGCUGUCGAGCAAAGUACCUGCUCAUGUGCCCAAAGAGGCAAAUUCUGAUGGUCAGAGUUUACUAAAUAACGCACAGGACGGAGUAAAUUUAGACCAAACGGAAAAUACUGGUGAUAAGAAGACAGAAGAAGACCUGAAAAAGACAAAUGAGGAACUGAGACCGAAUGCUGAAGGUAACGUACCAAACGCUAACGAUAAGAGCGAUGACAGCAAAGACGACCACGAAGAGGCUGCGGAUCCUUGCAAACCAAAAGAUGAAGACUACGAAAGAGACAUCACCACCAUCGUUACCUACGCCAAGAAAGGAACCAAGACCAUCAAGAUCAUCAAGAAGAUCAUCAGAAAGCGGUUAAAACCAAAGAGAAUAUGGGAGGAGAUCAACAACGGCACGGAGAACAACCUGCCGGAGUACGAGCAAUACGACCAGGAGCAGAUUCAAGACCAGAUCGACUUUAAGAUUGAAAACCGCUGCAACACCAAGAGGGGAUUCACGCAGAGGUUCCAGGAGGAGGUUGCGGAGAUUGAGGAAGAGAUGGAGGUCGGGUCUGUGAACAACAGGACUUCUCCUCGCGCUCAUAAACGGAUGACCAAAAAGGACCUGGCGACAAAGUACAUUCUGCCGGACGUUCUGAAGUUCGUGACAGGAAAUACAUCCAGCUGGACGUUUGACUACAAGGCGCUGGCACAAAAGAGAUUUGACCUGGAGAGAACGUGUAACGCCAGGAACCAUUUCUUCGUCACGAAGAAAAACAUCCCGCUGGGAUCCAGCCUCAGAUAUGACGUCUCCAACACCACGGUCAAGGUCAACAACACGCUGUUCGAUACAUUCCCUACGGCGAUCCCGUUCGCAGAUAAGAUGUUCCCGCGCUGCGCAGUGGUGGGCAGCAGCGGCAUCCUCAUGGACAGCGGCUGCGGCAGGGAGAUAGACUCGUCCGAUUUCGUCAUCAGAUUCAACAUGGCGCCCGUGGGAGGGCGUUUCCGAGCCGACGUCGGGUCAAAGGUCGACAUCGUCACGGUGAACGGAGACUCCAUUAAAUCAAGGUACGACAAGCUUGAGACGAACAUCAGCCGGACCAUGUUCGCGGCGUACGUGCGGCAGUACAACCGCAACACGCUGCUGUGGUCCGUACCGUUCACGAGCCUGACGCACACCGCAUACGUGCUCAGGACGUACCAGGUGCUGAAGAAGGCUGGGGCGCCCCAGGCCGUGGUGUUCGCCAACCCUGGCUACAUGGCAUGCACCAACACCUACUGGAGACAGAGGGGAUUCACCAGGGCUCCGAGACUAUCUACAGGCAUGUUUCUGACGAGCGCCGCCCUGCAGUUUUGCGAGGAAGUGUACCUGUACGGGUUCUGGCCCUUCCCAGUGGACACCGCGGGAAACGUGCUGCCCUAUCACUACUACUCCAAAGGUCAGCGAGGUCGACUCAACAAGUGGCACAAAAUGGACGACGAGUACGUCAACCUCAUGGAGCUUCACAAAAAGGGAAUACUACACUUACAAACAGAUAAAUGUAGAGACUCUUAACAAAAAAUGCAGAAAUAUUGUAUAGGUUAUAAGAUAACUAGUUGCAAAGAAUAUUGAAUAAGAAGGCUCGCUGUUCUUAAUGCGCAUGCGCGGCGAAAUGCAUUGUGGGUAAUAUGUCAAAGUCCAAGGCCCCUGAUACAUAGGCAGAUCUGGACAUGUGUAAAGCGUGGCGAAUAAUCUACAAUUUAGGGGCCGUAACCUUUGACAUAUUACCCACAAAGCCUCUCACCACGCAUGCGUACUUAGGACCUUUACCCGCCUUAUUGUAGAGGUUUUAUACUAGAGAAUGCCAGCUUUUAUUGUCUUCUCAUUGUUUUGUUUGUGGUUUGUACAUACAAUGCCUUCGCUGACAUCAUUCUUCAAUGUGACAAAGUUUUUGGACACAAAUUUGUAAAUAUUGCAGUAUGAGUGUUGACUUUCUCAGCACAGAGAUAUGACAUAAUAUGCCAAAGAUCUAUUUCCAAUGAAUAAACACUCAUAUUUUUCAACGCCCUGGCGUACUUGCAAUAUGGUGACCACACAACAUAAAUAGCUAUCUAUCAACUUAUUUAAGUUCCUUUCGAAUCACACGUAUAUAUUUGAGGACGGUAUAAAAAGGGCUCCCUAUCGGUUAAGUAUGGAACUGCAUCCACAAAUUGAGUACGGUACUAACAUAAGAUGGGAACUAAAUUUGUCAAAAUAGCACAGGGGGCCAAAGAAAGUCUUUAUAUGAAUAUUUCUCAUCAUACUUUUGUUGUAUGAUAUGAUGCAGGCCAUCAUCAUUCGUAUCAAAGCCUUUUUAAUCUCUUUAUAUUUUCGAACAUUGUCUAGAAAAAAGGGUCUAGACCAGGGUUGUAGCCAGUGCCAGUCCUUCUGUCCUUUGAAGGAAUUUUGCAGCUGGGGACAGAAAAAAUUUGCCCAUUCCGUCCUCUGUGAUGGACAAAAAUCUAUAUGUCAGUAAAGAUUUUUAAAAAAUGUGUUCUAACUUGUGUAAUUUUUCACCAAAACAGAUGAACAGCUUACAUGUAGUCUACCAGCAAAAUUUACACCUCAAAAUGCAGGAAAUAGGGUUUCAGAGGGUCUAGAUUUCUAAAUUUUUCAGGGGAGUAUGCCCCCAGAUCCCCUUAUGAACCUUAUGCCUUCGGCUCGACGUCUCGUUCCUUGGAUUCAAAAUCGAGGGGACUGAAAAUGAUUCCAGGCUGGCUACAACCCUGGUCUAGACGUAUGCAUUUGCUCAGGUCACGUGUACGUUGCACAGUAUGUUUAGUUCAAUCAUUUUGUAGCAUUUCUAAAGCUUUUCACAAAGGAGUACCCAUUCCUUUUUCUACAUCCAUACAAGUACACCACGUGUAAACAGUGAACUUGCCUCGACCUGUGUUUUAUGUAUUUAUUUGUAUUUGUUAGUCAGAGGUAAAGGAGAAAUGUUGAGAAUUGUAAUUGCGGUGCUGCUCACUUUCAGCCAUGGUUCCAUGUCUCACCAGAUGUUCCAAAAGUGAAAAUUUGCAAAAAAUAAAUGCGUUUAUGUCAUUUGUGUCUUGUAUAUAGUCGUAUCUGUCAUAUGGUUUUUUAAGAGUAUAAUGUAAUACAGAAAUACUCAAUACAAUAAACGUACAAUGCUUA